AUGAAGAGUGCUAUUUUCCUCGCAGUUGCCGCCGCAUCAGCCGUUCUUGCCGCCGACGCUCAAGUUGUUGCUCUUCACCCCAACCGUGAGCCCGUUGCCAAGUACAGAUACUUGGAUGGUGCCAGAGGCACCUACACACCCGCAGCUGUCAUCGUGUCAGCCACACCUACUGAUGCUGCCCUUGCAAGCAGUGUGGUCCCUGCUCCCGCAUAUGAGGCAACUGUCACCAUGACCAAAAUCGCCAUCUUCUACACUACCCUCACCACUGAGGUCAGUGCCGCAACCAUGGUUCCUGGUCCCAACGGUGGCGGCAACAAUCACCAUGAGGGUGGCCAUGAUGGUGACCAUGGCGAAGAUCACGAUGAGGAUCAUGAGGAGAAGCACGACGACGACGAAGAUGGCGACAAGAGUGAUGAUAACAAGGAGGGUGGUAAAGGUGGCAGUGAUAAGAAGGGAGGAAACAAGCCCAUGGGUGGAGCUGCUCCUUUCAUUACCAACGAUCCUUUCGUUGCUGCUUCCGCAUCCCAGUCUAUGUUCGAGUCUGCCUCUGCCUCUGCUUCUGGCAAGGCUUUCAGCAGCUUGUCCAAUGCUCCUAACGCCGGUGCCACUCGUGCACCAGCUGGUAUGCCCUCCACCUCUAGCAAGGUCAACAAGCAAGCUGCUUCCUCAGCUAGCGUUGCCCGUGUGUCUGGAUACCUUAUGGCUGGUGCCGCCGCUUGUGCUUGGUUCCUCCUUUAA